UCCAGUCAUUCUUACAGUUCAGUCUGCAAUGACCUAGACCUCAGGUUCAGCAAAGUUUGCCCAAGACCACCACCCUGCAUUUCCCCAGCAGCCAGUGGAUUUUAAUAUGCCUCUGGGAAGUCUGCCUUGGAGGCUCCUGAGACUGGUGCUUGAGAUGGCCCCUGGCCAGGCGCAGGAAUUUGCCCCUGCCCUGUCACCUUCCUGUUCUGGUUUCCUUUCCUUUCUGCAGCGCCUUUACUUCAGGGAAAGUGGAACCCUUGAGCCUUGCCAGCUUUGGCUCGUGUUUGCGGUCUCUGUGGACAUAACUGAGUCUGCCCUCCCUGCCCCCUGCAUCACCCGCAACCCCUCCCUUUUUCCCCUGGACUUCAGUCAGUCUUACUUCUUCCUCUGCCUACUUCCUGGGAAGCUUCCAGGGACUGCACUGGCUCAGCACUUUUAUAAUUCCACUUCGUCAUCACAGGACGAUGGGGCUUUCGGCCAGUGCUCCACCCUCCUGGUUUUUCAUAAAAAGAGGCAGAACUGAGGAGCAGACAGGCUGAGUCCAUUCAGAAGUGACUCAGGCUGAAGCUCGUGUCCUCUCAUCCAUCAUGAAGGUCUCACUUGCACUCCUGUGCCUGCUGGCCACAGCCUCCACCCUCAUCACCCAACUCCUCGCUGGGCCAGAUGGAAUUCCUUCCACGGGCGCCUGCUGCUAUUCCUUCACUGGUAAAAAGAUCCCGCUGCAGAGGCUGGUGAACUAUAAAAUCACCAGCAGCAGGUGCUUCAAAGAAGCUGUGAUCUUCAAAACCAGAGGAACGAAGGAGAUUUGUGCUGAUCCCAAGGUCAAAUGGGUUCAGAACGCCAUGAAGGAUCUGGACAGAAUAAACAAAGCUCCAAAACUUGAAGCACUUACUCCAAAGCCAGAAUCACUGUCUGCAAAGCCUAAAGGACUCACUCAAAAGCCUAGAGCUCUCUCUACAAUCUCUGGAACACUUGUUCCAACACUUGACAUGCUCACUCCCAAUGCAACCAUCAGAAGCUAAUUUUCUUUUAGUUUCUCAUUGCCCUUUGAUAGCAUUGUUAUAUAUAACCUCAAAGAGUAUAAACUUUGUGUAUUUUAUGAAACAAAAUACCUUGAAAAAUGUUAAUUGCAUUUAAGUUAUUGACGCUUUGAAUGUAUAUCCUCGAUGACUACUAGUACUUUGUUUGAUGUUUUUGGUAUAGAGAUUUUACUUUCCACUGUGGAUCCCAACUCUAUCCUGUGGUUGUAGGAGAACUUGUGACAGGCAUGAAUACAUUUUGAAUUUAAAUUCAAAAGCAUUAUUUAAAAUGCGAUUAUAAAUAUAUAUUUUAUUAUG